GAGGGAUUAUCGUGGGGAAAGAAUACCAACCCUAAAAGAAGCAGUUUUGGAAAGUUUGCAUCACGACCUCAUCAUCUACUUUGAUGUCAAGGGACAUGCCGAUAAGGCGGUUAGAGUCCUGUCAGAGCUCUACCUAGAAUAUCCACAGCUGUACAACACCAGUGUGGUUUGCUCAUUUAUGCCAGAUAUUGUCUAUAAGAUGAAACAAGCUGACCGCAAUGUCAUAACAGCUCUGACCCACCGACCUUGGAGCAUCAGUCACUAUGGGGAUGGGAAGCCCCGCUUUUCUGUUUAUUGGAAACACUAUUUGUCUAUGACCCUCGACGUUAUCAUGGACUGGAGCAUGCACAACUUCCUGUGGCAUUUCUGUGGCGUUUCUGUUUUCCUGAUGCAGAAAAAUUACGUUUCACAGGAGUACAUAAAUCGUUGGUCCUCUAAAGGGGUUCACGUUGUUGUUUGGACCGUCAACACGCUUGCCGAAAAAAUGUAUUAUGAAAAUGUUCUCCAGACCAGCUACAUGACCGACAGUUUACUAGAGGAUUGCGACCCUCACUACUAGCUUGAUCUUCAACCCGCCGAUUGGCUUCCUUAGUCAGACUGGAGUUCAGUGGGACUUUUAUGAUUUUAUUUCAUUUUCCUCAAGGAGAGGAAAACGAUUACUUUUCAGGUUGCACCAAGCUACUUCCUUUUUUUGCUGGGAGAUUUCUCAUGACUAGCACUUUUCCUCCAAGAACGAAUCGGCAUCUUUUUAGUCAAAUAGAUACGUGCAGCUUAAACAAGGAAAAAAAACCCUAUACUACAAGGUAGGCAGAAUUAAGAGGGUUGGGAAAUGGAACUUUUUGGAAAACUCAUGAAUGCUCCAUUUUUUCCCCUGGACCUUCCCUGGCCUCUGCUGCGCUUGCAGUGGUUGGGCAGUUUUCCAGAAGUAAAUCCGAAAUAGUUUCGAGGCGUUCUGGAGAGGUCUCCUUGCGCCCCCAAACAGCUCUGUUUUAUCCAGAACAUCAGUUCAGAAAAAUAGCCAAUUACCCCAGUCAAUAUUUGGAUGUUUUUUUCCCCAAUGUUCUAUUCCUAAAUCUGAGUUUUUCACAUUCUUGGUGCAAGGCAUAUCAUAAUGGCUGAUUUAUACUUGAUCAAAACAGAACUACCAACUACACUGGAAAAAAACCUCUUGCUGUGUAGUCUUCACAUGAAUUGAAAGAUUGGACUGGACUUAAGAAAGAACACAGGUUGUCUGUAUUUGGGCUAGGACCAUUCAUUCAGCAAACGUGCCACGUUACAGCAGCGCUGAACGAAUGGUGGUUACAACCAAACCUCGGAUGUCCGACCAUCAAAGCAUUCCCACAGUCACACAAAUGAAAUCUGGGCAGCUGGCAACCAGUUUGCACUUACAACCAGUUCCCACGCCCCGUAUUCACACAAUCAGCUUUGCAGCCUUCUCUGCCAGCUUCUCCAGAAAGUCGGUGGGGAAGCCCACAGGGAAGGUUGCAAGUUACUGAGGUAAGUUUCUCACGCCUCCCUGCCCCCUAGUGCUUGUGCCAGUGGUGGGCUGCUUAGGGUUCGGGCAAUCGUCUAGCGGAGAUUCUGUGUGGUUCGGCAAACCUCCAAAUCCUACUCCUGGCUGGCCCCGCCCAUCCCGUUUCAAGCCUCCAGGGAGCCUCCGGAGUCUGGGGGAGACCAU